AUGGCAGAAGGAGGUCAUAAUGGACAACAGCAACAACAUCAUCAACAACAGCCACAAAACUUAGGUCCUGAAGAUCUUAAUUUCUCUAUUAAUGAUAUACUUAACGGCAACUCAGUCGUGAAUGACUCUUCAUUUCAAACCAUUGUGCAAACAUUUUCAGACACGAGCAACAAUCAAGACAUGAUGCCUUCUUUUGCUCAUUUGCCUGCUGAAUUACAAGAUUUCUUUAGCUCAAGUGAAACGGACGACUUAUUAUCUACACAGAACGCAUCCAUCCCUCAUGAUUUACUUUUCAAUGCUGAUCAUACACAACCAUUUGUUCAGCAACCUUUAAAGAUACAGACUAAUCCAACCGGAUCUCCCCAAUCACAGCAAACCGCAAUACCUCGUGCUCUUCCACAGCAGCAACAACCUCAUCAACAACAACCACCUCAACAGCAACUGGCUACACAUUCACCACAGUCACAUGUUCUUCCUCCUGGACCAGUACCUCAAGUACUAGCGCAACCUAUUCAGCCAUCUCAGUCUGCAGCACCAUCACUACCACAGCAAGCUUCAUCAACAACUUUAUUAGAUAACAUAACGUCACAGCUUCCACCUGAUAGAAAAGAAAAGUUUAUGCAAUUGUUUAGAGACUUACAGACAAGCACUAUUUCAGCUGCAGAGUUCAUGGCACAGGCUAAAGCUAUACUGGGUCAGCAGCAAUACCAACAAUUAGAGGAUUUAAAGACAAAACCGAUGAUAAACCAUCAUCAAAUGCAGCCACAACAACAACAACAAAUGAUGGAAGAAGAUCAAAGAAAGAGAAAGCUAAAUCCAGCGAGUAACAUAACUUCACCACAAAUAAAAAAACCCAAAUCAGAGCAUAUACCAAUGAAUGCAAUCAAUCAACAAAUGACAUAUCCUAUGAUGACACCACCAAGGGUACCCACAUCACAGCCACCUUCGAUAUUACCACAGCAACAACAGCAACAAUAUCCCAUUCAGCCGAAUAUUGUUACCCCUUCCCUUGUGAAGCCACCAACACCUGCUGGACCACAGCAACCACAACAACAAUCUCCGUUUAAAGCGAUGGACGCAGCCGUACUACAAAUACCCACAAAAUCAAACAUUGCCGUACCGUCUACAAGUAAACCACCUGGAACUGCAGCACCGACGCCUACAUCAACAGGAGGAGGAGGAGACAGGGUAGACUAUGAAGCAUUGACAGAUGUUAUGGGCUAUGCAGGUGUUGAUCUUAAAGAGGAAGCAGAGCAUUUUAUGAAGGAAGAUGCUUCUGGAACAGUAUUGCCUGAUGGAAUUGAUAGAUCCAAAUUCCAGGACUUUAUGAAUCCUGCCAUGUUAAGAGACAGGAUUCUUAAAUACGCCAAAUCUGCAAAUAUAAAGAAAAUUGAUGGAGAUUUUAUAUCCUACCUGGCAUUAGCAACCCAGGAUAGAAUCAGGACCGUGAUGGAAAAUAUGGUACGUGCCUCUCGACAUCGAACAGAAAAUCCUUUCAAAAAGCCACCGGAACAAGACAAUCAUCCCCUUUACAAAAUUCACGUCAAACAAAAAGUUAAAGAUCAGCUCAAGGCCAUCGAACGAGCCGACGAAUCCAAGGCAAAGGUGGACGAAGAGAUGGAUGAUGUACUCAAUUCAGAAAAGGGAUGGUACUCAAAGAAAUCAAAGGUGCCUCUAAAAGCAGAAUCGAUCGAACGAAAGAUCACUGUACAAGAUGCGAUAUUUGUCAUGGAACGAGAUGUCCAAGGUGGAAGGGGAACAAAUCGACGCACGUUAUUAAAGGCUUAUAAUAUACUUGGUUAA